GCCAGAUCACGGUGAACUCUCCACCAGAGUCGAUUCUCUAUAUCCCUAGUGUUUAGAUUUCUCAAUUCUUUAAAUUCCUACCCUUGCUUUACAAUCUGCACUUUCAUCUGUAGACACAUCUGUGACAAAACAGAAACACUACACUCUAUAGAGUCUUAUGACACAAUGACCAAUGAUGCGAAAGGAUCAUCGACAGACCUCGCCGGGAGUGAAAUUCGUUCAAAGCUACUGCCCGAGAACGAACCUAUGCUUAACCAGUUUCUCCCACUCGGUGAUCUAGAGACCAUCUUACCUCGAACCACCAUAGCCAAGAUACUGCAGAAAAUCUUGGCAGGCGGCCAUUCAAUAUCAGAUAUAACUGAGAAAAUACUAGGCAGCGGAUGCAAGCCAAGUCUAAAAGUUUUCGCGACCCUUAUACUCAUGGAAAAGGUCGGGCAUAUAACUCAACUUUUACAACUUGAGGUACACGAUGAAAUGCUGCCUUUAACGCUCAAGUCGGAUGCGGAGGUGUUUCAGAGCUGGAGUCAAUCAGACAUUGAAGCAUUUUGUGAAAGACAGUACACAUUUAUGGCCCCUAUAUUCGAUUUCCCUACAACGCAGCAUUAUCACUGGAGUAGAUUGUUGCGUAUGCCCUUUCUAGAACCAUUGAAAUGGGAGAAGGGGGGUGCCCACGGGCAAGUAGCCAAGGUCAAGAUUCAUCUUCAGCACCAGGUUUGGAAAACCCCUUUAAAUUCUGGCACUCAAACGUCUUGCUUCGCCGUGAAAAGAUUUAUCGCCAAAGACGCCCAAGGCGUUGCGAAUUUCAACAAGGAGAGGGCAGCAUUGUUAAAGUUCAGUGGAGAAAACAGUGGACACAAACAUCUUAUCAAGCUGCUACUGUCUUAUCAAAUAGAAGACGGUCUGCAUAUGAUAUUUCCAUGGGCAGAUGGAAACCUUGCAGAGUUCUGGAAAAAAUAUCCAAGCAAGCCAUCGGGAAAGGACUCAUUGUGGCUCAUUCAGCAAUGUUUUGGCCUAUCUGAUGGACUUAGUAUGGUUCACGGUUACAAUCAGCGUCUACCAGGAUAUGGACAUGAAGAAGACAUAGCUGACAUGGAUGCGGCAAACCGCGGUCGACACGGCGAUAUCAAGCCAGAAAACAUAUUCUUCUUCCUUGAACCGAAAUCGGACAGAGGCCUCUUGGUUGUUUCUGACUUUACUUUGAUGCGCUUUCACUCUGACGAUACCAUUAAUAAAACUGUCGCAAACAUGGUAGGUUUUUCAACAGCAUAUUGUCCCCCUGAAGUCCAGCAUGGAUCAGAUAUCUUCGUUGAUCAGAAAUAUGACAUCUGGACCUUGGGAUGCGUCUACCUGGAGUUUAUUACUUGGUACUUGCUCGGCUACGAUGCAAUUCGUGGAAGGUCUUACAAAACUUCAUCCGGAGUUCGAGUACCGAGCUUCCAAACAAUGAGGCGGAAUGAUCACGGAGGGUCAGAUGACAAAUAUUUUAGCCAUAUCCCCGGGCUUCCUCCUAAGUGGAUAAGCAUGCUGCAUAAGCACGAGCAUUGCUCUGAUGCCAUUCACGAUUUUCUGUCCCUCAUCGAUCACUAUAUGUUGGUGCCAUUGCCCAACAAUCGGUAUCCAAUGAACAAAGUUCGUGAUGAGCUUCAGAUCAUUGCUUCUAAAUGCGAGGAAGAUAGCAAUUAUUGCCUGUUGGGUAAUCCGAUGGGAACUAUUAUGAGGGGGGUUAAUCACCUGUUUGAGCAUUUCGGAAUUCCGUCUUUUCAGCCGAUCAGAGAACAACCUCCCAACAUAAAGCAAGGCCUUCGAGAGAUAAUGAGAGGACAAGCAGAACUGAACAUAGUAUAG